AUGAAGGACAGAGUGAAAAGCGCCCCGUUCAUGCGCGCCCGGAAGGAUCAGGCGGUCGCCGCGCACAAAGGAUUCAAGGUGCUCAAGCUAGCGUACCUGCCGUACCGGCUACUCCGCUGCCAGGAACGGUAUCUCGGUGGACGCAGAAGCGAGCAGCAAGGCAAGGAGCAGCCACGGUUUUCAAUGUGCGUCUUCCUCCCCAACACCCGUGACGGCCUGCCUGAGCUCUUGGACAGGAUGGCCUCCCACCCCAACUUCCUCUGGGACCACCUGCCGACGGGUCGCCGCGAGACCGGCGAGGUGCGGCUGCCCAAGUUCAAGGUCUCCUUCUCCAGCCGAAUCAAUGGCGUUCUUCAGGACAUGGGGGUGCAAGCCGCCUUUGACCCAUUCAGGUCCGAUCUGAGAGACAUGCUGGAGUGCGACCUGCCUCUGCUGGUAGUGGAGCAUGUGUUCCACAAGGCGGUCAUCGAGGUGGACGAGGAGGGGACAGAAGCAGCGGCCUCUACCGCCUGCGUGAUGAGGUUGAUAAGUGAUACUAUUACUACCCCUGUCAACUUUGUCGCGGAUCAUCCAUUUGCAUUCUUCGUGGUGGAGGAGGUGUCUGCUACCGUCGUAUUCAUGGGACACGUCCUCGACCCGACGUCAGCAAUAUGA